AUGCCCAUCCCUUGUCAUUUUCAACAUCUGUGGUUAUACCAGUCUGCGGUAUACUCAGUCAUUAUGAUUUUCGCGACGUUACUGAUAAUUUCCUCUUUGUUAUCCCAGACCACCUCAGCGUCGUCACCACCCCCCAUAGCAAACCUCACCUACGCCGCCUUCUCCGGCCUCACCCUCCCAAACUCCGUCAACCAGUUCCUCGGCCUGCCCUACGCCCAGCCCCCAAUUGGACCCUUCCGCUGGCGGUCCCCCUCCCCUCCUCUUCCUUCCUCGUCAGGAUCAGGCCCAAUACCAGCCACCGAGUUCAAACCCAUCUGUCUUGGGACGGGGGUGGCAUACCCGACUCCGGGGCAGUCGGAAGACUGUCUUUAUGCCAAUAUUUGGGCUCCGGCGAAUGCAACGAGUGAGAGCAGGUUGCCGGUGUGGGUUUUUAUUCAGGGAGGGGGGUAUAAUGCUUUGUCGAAUUACAACUGGAAUGGGAGUGAGGUUGCCCAGAGGAGCGGGCAAAGCGAUGUGGGAGGAGAAAAACUAAUGAAUAUGCAGAAGUAUAAAGAAUAA